AGGAGGAGGAAAGGAGGAGAGACAGUGGGGAACAUAGGAUUUCCAUAGAAUAGAACACCCCUCUCUCUCUCUCUCUCUCUCGUGUGGAUAUCUGUUACAGAAGAAAACCCUAGUUUUCUCCGUCUAUCUAUUUCCUCCUUGGAUCCUUCUAUGUUUCAUCUUCCAUCUCACGCCUCGAUCUCUCUUCAUUCUUUCAAUUUCAACCAAAAACCCUAAUUUCCCCAUUUCUAGGGUUUACUUUCCCUUGUAUUCUUCCAUGACUUUGCCGUCGUCAUCCACCAUGUUGUUGGCUCUCGAAGUCUGAAACUUCAAAAAAAUAAAAGAGGGAAAAAGAUUAAUAAAAGAGGAAAUAUGUAUAAAGAUAGAGGAGUAGGUGGGGGUUCGUCGAGAUCGGAGCUGGAUCGAAAGCGCAUAAACGAUGCCCUGGACAAGCACUUGGAGAAGUCUUCUCCUUCAACUUCACGUGCUUUGAACACUAAGGACAAGGAAAGAUUGUCCGUGCCGUCUACUUCUUCCGCUAAAUCUCAGUUUGAUCAUCGCUCUGCUUCCCUCCCCAAGGCCAAAUGUUCUGACGAGGAAUCUGAGACAGACAGCGAAGAAUCCGAUGUUAGCGGUUCUGAUGGAGACGAUACAUCUUGGAUUUCGUGGUUCUGCAAUUUGCGAGGAAAUGAAUUUUUCUGUGAAGUUGAUGAUGAAUACAUCCAGGAUGACUUUAAUCUUUGUGGUUUAAGCAGUCAAGUUCCUUAUUAUGAUUAUGCACUUGAUCUGAUUUUGGAUGUCGAAUCCUCUCAUGGCGAUAUGUUCACUGAAGAACAAAAUGAGUUGGUUGAAUCUGCAGCAGAGAUGCUUUAUGGUCUAAUUCAUGUUCGUUACAUACUGACAAGCAAGGGAAUGUCUGCAAUGUUAGAGAAGUACAAAAAUUAUGACUUUGGAAGAUGCCCACGAGUUUACUGCUGUGGACAGCCCUGCCUUCCGGUUGGUCAAUCGGAUAUACCUCGUUCCAGCACUGUUAAAAUCUACUGUCCAAAAUGUGAAGAUAUUUAUUACCCACGAUCCAAGUAUCAAGGCAAUAUUGACGGAGCAUAUUUUGGUACUACAUUCCCGCAUCUUUUUCUAAUGACUUAUGGGCAUCUGAAACCACAGAAAGCAACUCAGAGCUAUGUCCCCAGAGUUUUCGGCUUCAAGAUCCACAAACCUUGAUGCGUAGUUGGAGCUACAGACAAAUGAAUUGAGGUGUCCCAUUGGGAUGAACAGCGCUCUGCCUUGUUAUUUAAGUAUUUUCAACUCUAACAUUCAAGGUAAAGAUGCGGCGGUUCUGACCAGAUUGCAAUUGAUUUGGUGGUGAAAGUGUUUAAUAUGCGAUAUGGGUUUGUAGUGGACCCAUGUUACAUUUUUAUUUGUGAAACUAACAGAACAUUUGUAAGCCUAAUUUUGUUUUUCUGGGUUGAUAAAUGUUUCCAGUAUUUUUACUAUAGUUCCUACCCUAUUCUUCCUUCUCCAUAUGAUUUAAUAUCCUUUUGUGGAGGAUUUUGAUCAUCUCCCCCACAAUUUUAUGUAUUUUCUUUUGAUGAAAUUAUUGAUGCCCGUGGCGUAAUCUUGAUUUGGUUUUGUUAGAUUCUCUAAGCAAUGGCUUGAUUGGCUUAGGGUUUCAGAUUGAACUGUUGUAAUGAAAAAGUGUUAUUGUUGGAUUCA